AUGGACCACAAGCACAGCGAGGAACCAGACCUUUCAGACGUUACUGACUUCUCUGGGUACAAAGCUGACUUACUACAUACACAGACCACCGGCACUAAGAGUAAGAAACCCCAGCUGUGCAAACCACCUAGCGACCUGACACUUGGACUGAAAACCAAAGAAGCCACACACUCCCAGGACACAUCCUCCAACCGCACUCUCCAACCACACUCUCCCAGGACACAUCCCCCAAUCACUCUCCCACGACACAUCCCCCAACCACACUCUCCCAGGACAAAUCCUCCAACCACACUCUCCCAGGACACAUCCUCCAACCACACUCUCCCAGGACACAUCCUCCAACCGCACUCUCCCAGGACACAUCCUCCAACCGCACUCUCCCAGGACACAUCCUCCAACCACACUCUCCCAGGACACAUCCUCCAACCGCACUCUCCCAGGACACAUCCUCCAACUACACUCUCCCAGGACACAUCCUCCAACCACACUCUCCCAGGACACAUCCUCCAACCGCACUCUCCCAGGACACAUCCUCCAACCACACUCUCCCAGGACACAUCCUCCAACCACACUCUCCCAGGACACAUCCUCCAACCACACUCUCCCAGGACACAUCGGACACAUCCUCCAACCGCACUCUCCAAGGACACAUCCUCCAACCGCACUCUCCCAGGACACAUCCUCCAACCACACUCUCCCAGGACACAUCCUCCAACCACACUCUCCCAGGACACAUCCUCCAACCACACUCUCCCAGGACACAUCCUCCAACCACACUCUCCCAGGACACAUCCUCCAACCACACUCUCCCAGGACACAUCCUCCAACCACACUCUCCCAGGACACAUCCUCCAACCACACUCUCCCCAGGACACAUCCUCCAACCACACUCUCCCAGGACACAUCCUCCAACUACACUCUCCCAGGACACAUCCUCCAACCACACUCUCCCAGGACACAUCCUCCAACCGCACUCUCCCAGGACACAUCCUCCAACUACACUCUCCCAGGACACAUCCUCCAACCACACUCUCCCAGGACACAUCCUCCAACCGCACUCUCCCAGGACACAUCCUCCAACCACACUCUCCCCAGGACACAUCCUCCAACCACACUCUCCCAGGACACAUCCUCCAACCACACUCUCCCAGGACACAUCCUCCAACUACACUCUCCCAGGACACAUCCUCCAACCGCACUCUCCCAGGACACAUCCUCCAACCGCACUCUCCAAGGACACAUCCUCCAACCACACUCUCCCAGGACACAUCCUCCAACCACACUCUCCCAGGACACAUCCUCCAACCACACUCUCCCAGGACACAUCCUCCAACCACACUCUCCCAGGACACAUCCCCCAACCACACUCUCCCAGGACACAUCCCCAACCACACUCUCCCACAACACAUCCUCCAACCACACUCUCCCAGGACACAUCCCCCAACCACACUCUCCCAGGACACAUCCUCCAACCACACUCUCCCACGACGCAUCCCCCAACCACACUCUCCCACAACACAUUCCCCAACCACACUCUCCCACGACGCAUCCCCCAAUCACACUCUCCCACGAUACAUCCACCAAUCACACUCUCCCACAACACAUCCCCCAACCACUCCCAUAUAUUCAACACGGUGUACUACUGGCACCUAA